UCAGGGCGACGGGCGGCCCGUUUGAUCUGUGAGCCGGCCUGAGCCGUGCUGAUUCCAGGCUGUGAGCGGCCUGCGCCAUGGAUCCUGGGGGUCAGUCGGAUAGCCGGCUGCUGCGGCAUCUCAAGGAAAGCCGUAGCCGUUUCCAGACGUACAUGCAGCGGCUGAUAGCAAAGUACAACCAGCCCUUUGAGGACGACCCGUUGGUGCAGAUGGCCACGCUGACCUACGAGACGCCUCAGGGAUUGAGAAUUUGGGGAGGAAAGCUGAUAAAGGAAAGAAACAAGGAACAAACUCAGGACCCUUCUGUGAAGAUGUUUACCAGAUUAAAUAGGCAAGCUCCAGACGGCAAUGAUCCCUGGUCACAAGUCCUGGGAGAUGAUUCAGAAAGCAGCAGAGCAGAUACAAGCUUAGACGAAGAGGAACAGUUGUCUUGCACCUUGAUGCCUACAGUACCUGGAAGCUCUUUGAAAAAUGAUUUGAGAUGGAAGUACUUCACCCAGGUGGAUAUUCUGCUUCAAGAUGAGGAGUAUUUUAAGAAUGCAGAGAAGAGAAACGGAAAAGACGCGCUCGUGACUUUGCUUUCUUCCUCACGUGUCUCACCAGCCCCUGGAUGCCAGGAUAGUAUCUCUGCAGAGAGCUCUGGUAGCCCUGAAAUGUCAGCUUCAUCUUCCAGAGACUGGAGUCCCUCAAACCCUUGUCAGGCUGACAUGACUGUUAUGCCUAGAAAUGACAGCUUCUCCUUUCUAGGGACCAGCAGCAGCAGCUUAAGCAGUCAGCCUCUUGAGGUUGAUGACAUUUGCAAUGUGACAGUCAGUGAUUUGUACGAAGGCAUGAUGCAUUCAAUGAGUAGGCUUCUGAGCUUAAAGCCAUCAUGCAUAAUCUCCACCAAGACUUCCAUCAACCAGAACUGGAACCCCAGGAGGAGGCUGUCACGAAAGAGUAGGGUACACAUGAAUAGGACAUAUGGCCACAGAAGCAAGCCCUUUCCAAGGAGCUCCAAGAAGGGGCCCCAUUCAAAGCCACGGAAAGAGGUAUUAAGUGACUGCAAGAACUUACUGCACACUGCUCCCCACAAGACAGACUUAAAACUGGAAAGGGGAUCUUUUGAAGGAAGCAAACUCCAAGUCCAUAAGUUCAGUCCAUCUUGGAAGGAGCUUCAGGUGAUGCCUCAGAAGUAUUUAGACUUAAACAAAAUGUACUACCAUGAGCAAGAAAAUAGAGUGAAGACAUUACAGUGGCUAAUUUCACCAGUUAAAAUAGUUCCCAGACCAAGGAUGUUUCCAAGUCGAGCAGAGAAGAGGUAUAGGGAAAUUGAAAUGAAAUUUGACAAACUUCAUCAGGAAUGUAGCCUGUCUUCUGGAAAACAGCUUGCCCUAGCCAGCCCCACAGAAUCCUGGUCUGUAGAUGUGCACAGAGGUAUUCCUCGAAGCCCAGGCAGCCCCCAGGGCAUAAAAACCCACAGGCUGAGUUCACCUUUCAACAGAGAAAAGAGGUCGAGUGAGAUUUUUGAAGACCUGAGUGAAAUGUCUGUCAAAGCCAGUAGCUGUCCCCCAAGGAGCCAUUCUGCUCUAUUACCAUCGGGGGACAGCACCUCACAAAGCUUAGGCCAUUCUCAACAAAUGUCUAGCCUUUUUCUUCAAGGACAUAAUUCUGGACCAAUUAGAAAGGCAGUAUCACCCAGUACAGCUAUUUCAGCACCAUGGACAAGCCCCCUGAGCCGAGGGAGAAAUCGCUAUGAUGAGAUUAAUGAAGAAUUUGAUAAGCUUUAUCAGAAGUAUUGCUUGAUGUCACCUCGGCAGGUGAAGGUGACCUCUUGUGUUACAGUAUCUCCAAAGAAAGCUGGUGCAGCUAUUCCUAGUCAGACAGAGGACUUAAGAAAAUUAAAUUCAAACUCUGGAUUCCAGAGUUCCCCAAAAUUGUCAGCACUUGGCUGGAACAUAAGAAGCCCACAGGACUCAAUUCCAGUUGAGACUCAAAUGUUUGCAUGGACUGCUAGUGCUGUUAUGAGAGACCCUCGCUUCCCAACAAAGAGGCGCAAGUUGUCAUACCCCCUAUUGUGUGCACGCCAGGCCAAGUCAUGGGAUUCUUCCGGAGCAUCAGGCAAAGCAGUGCCCUAACCAGAAAAGCAGGCCAACCCUGUGUGGCCUGACUGCUGAUAAGGUGUUCCUGUCCGCUGGGCCUGAUGUCUGUUGUAAUGAGUAGCUGUUGAGGUACAAGAUGCUAUGGCAGACACUU